AUGGAUCCGUGGAAGAAAAAUGAUAGUGGAGUAUGCCCAUUUCAAGUUCUCUUAGAAAAGGGCUUUCUGAAAAGCUCGAAAAGACUAUUAAAAGUAAUUUUCGAACACUCUGGCGAUGAAGAAGCGAUUGAAUCUGCACGAUGUUUUAAAGAUUCCGAAGGUAACUCCCUACUGCACUUGGCGUGUAUCACUCAAGCUGAGGCCAUUUGUGAGUAUAUGCUUCAAAAUGGGUUUAGCGUGAACGAACAAAACCAUCGUUUGCAGACACCGUUGUGUUUGGUAUGCAGCAGGGUGGGAGGAUUGCCACCGAAAAACAUCCAAAACUCCAUCCUUUUACUACGGAAAUACCACGCUGAUCCCAAAAUACCAGAUGCUGAUGGAAACACGUGUCAGGCGUUGCUCAAUGGACAUGAGGACCUAGAGAGGUUACUGCGAAUAGAUAUUGAGAAAGAGCCAAUUUUACCCAUUAUGAAGUGGCGCAAGGAGUCCGAAAAGCACAAGGAUGCACUCUGUGACAUUUCUUGUGGCCAAAAAUGUCAAAGAGUUGAAAGCUAUCAUCACCACAAACACUAUAUUGGCAAAGGCUCCUUUUCGUUAGUCUUUCCUGCUCUGGAUGAAAGAGAUGGGAGAGAAUUAGCCUUAAAGCGACUAGAAAAAGCCAGGUUAGAAGAUGCGAACUUCAGAAGGGAGAUUGAAUGUCUCAUGAAACUUAAGGAUUGUCCAGCUGUGGUAAACUACAUUUGCAGCUUUAGCAGCUCCGACUUCCAAUACAUUGUUGUUGAACUAAUGGAAGGAACGUUGGAUGAAUAUCUCUGCACGGAGCAUGAGGGAGGAAAUGCGGUUUGGAUCUGUUUUGACAUAUACUCUGGUGUAGAGUAUCUACACAAAAAUGAAGUUAUCCACAGAGAUUUAAAACCGCAGAACAUCUUGUACAAAACUACGCCGUCACUAACGAUGAAAAUCGCAGAUUUUGGGCUUAGCAAAAUUCUUAAGAAGACGCAAUCUUUUGGUUCAAGUGACACAGUAAUGCACUCAAGGGUUGGAACAAAGUGUUGGAAAGCUCCGGAACUCUUUGCAAAUGACAGUCAAAGCAAGUAUAGCAAGGAGUCUGAUAUUUUCAGUUGUGGUUUGCUCUUCCACUACAGCUUAGCCAAAGGAAAGCAUCCCUUUCAUGACCUGAAAGAGUCUCCACAGAUAGGUUCCCCGAAUACAACUGAGAACAUAAAAGAUAACAUCAUUGAAAACAAGAGAUUCUUUUGUCCCUCUCUUUCGGCAGAGGCUGUCCAUAUUCUGACAAGAAUGUUGUCACUCAAACCUGACGAAAGGCCAAUAGCUUCCUCCCUAAAGAUUUUCCCCUUAUUUUGGGAUAAUGCAAAGAAGAUGGAUUUUCUUAAGAAAGUGGGAAACGAGGAUGAGUUCACAAAGCCCAGAUCUACUCUCACUCGCCCGUUGACCGAUGUAGAGAGACAAUUAGAGAAACAAAUGAAAAACGCUCUUCCGUGGACGUCAAACAGUUCAAUCAACGAUAUAUUUUCGGAGUUCACAAGUGAUCCUAGAUAUAGAGAUCAGUACGAACCAAAUUCGGCUGUAGAACUUGUUCGGUUAAUAAGAAAUGUGCACGAACACCCCGCAAAUCUUUCAAGAAAAGCCAAAUCUUUACUGGAUAAGCAUGUAUUUCUGGAGCAAUUUCCUCAUUUGGUUACGGACGUUUUCAACUCAGCUCAACAGUGGAAAGAAAGAACAAACCUGAAAUCAUUUUAUGAGUAG